AUGUCGCAGAAAGGAGGUGAACAAAUUGCCCGAGUCAUCUUGUUGUUUUUCAUUCUCUCGUUGUCGUCUCAGACUUUUGUUUUUGCAUCGAUACCCAUUCCUUUCUAUUCUGCCAUACUCCAACCAUCCAAUGUUCAUCAAAGAAUUCGAGUGCAUGAAUACUCUUUGACCAAACCCUUCUAUCAGUGGUGGUAUUUUUGGUUGCGAGAUGAAACAUUAAAUCGUCAUCAUGCUUUCACCUAUUCACUAUCACUUUGUAGAGGAAGAUCCAAUUCAUGUCUCUUCGAUGGAGUAUUUAUGAUGUUUGCUACAGUGGAUCAUUCCACUGGAAAAACCUUUCAAAAAGUUGAACAUUUCAAUUAUGAACAUUUGCAGGUCGUUCAUGAUGGCACUUAUUUCCACAUUAAAGUGAUGAAUCCAUCACAACAAAAUGAAACACUCUAUGAACUCAAACCUUUAAAAGAUGGACAAUAUCAAAUUUAUGGAAAUAUGAGAGCAAACUCUCCAAAUUUAUUCUUUUCUGACAAGGUGGAUAAUUCUCUUAAAGUCCAUUACAAUUUUACUAUUGAUCGAAUUUAUGGAUAUUAUGGUCAAAAAAUUUUUGAAAUGCCUGAUGAGCGAUUUAAAGGAAUUAUCAUGUGGAAUACUUAUUCACAUAAUAGUCAAGUGAAGGGAGUAUUAAAUUAUGGAUCUAAGGAUAUUACGAGUACCAUUGUUCAAGCCAGUCAUGAGAAGAGAUUUCGAUUUUAUUGUGAUAUGAAUUUUGGAGAAUACUUGCCAACAGCUCCAAACAAUGAUAAUGGAGAUAGAAAGUAUGCUUGGGGUUGGUACUAUGCUAAUAUUCCGAGUGUCAAUUAUGAAAAUGAGUUGUCCAUCAUUGCAGGUACUGGAAGAACAUUUGCAGGUUUUCCAUUAUUCGCAAUGGAUGCCAGGUUUGCUGAUAUUCGUUUAAACAGCACACAUCAUAUUGAAUUGACUGAGCUGAUCAUGUACGAUGAAACUUUCUACUACACCAAUGAUGGAAUAGUUCACAAAUUCUCUGUGGAUAGAAGUGAUUGGACGACCAUCUCGGACAACUUUGGAUCAGCUGAUAUUCCAUUGACACAACUUUGCACCAUGGAAACAGAUACCUAUUUAGUAACCAUGAAUUUCAAAUCGAAAGAGACUGACUACAACCGAUUGCUGUUCCCUUUGAAUCAUGAGCUGUUCUCAGAUUUUGAGGCAUUGGGUGUUUCUACACAUCUCAAAGUGGUUUACAAGCCAACAAAUCAAGCCAUUGUCGAUACACAAAAAUUCCAACACAAUUCUUGA